AUGAAAAGAAGUUUAAAUUAUCAAACUGAUGGAAUGGGUAGUGUUGAAGAUAACCCAAAGAAGGGCAAAUACCAAUGCAGGAUUUGCUUAGAGUUCUUCGACAGAGUGCAAAAUCUGCAGAAUCAUAUGGGGACAAUGCAUCACACAAUUGUCGGAGGUGUCAGGUCAAAUGCAAGAACAGGAGCAGUGGAUCAAAACAAUCUAGGAUAUGCAAUAAAAAACAUUGAAAAUAUAGACAAUAUGCAAGAUGUUACAAGAAACAUCAUAGACAAUGUCACAGAAGCACUCCAAAAUUAUUAUCAAGGAGUGAAAUACUAUGUAUCCUUAGAUGUUGAGUUCAAAAAAAUGUUAGAAGAUACAAUCACAGAUCCACCAAUUACAUUUAGAACAGAAGUUUACAGGCUCCUUAGACAUGCACCAAAUGACAUUGAUGAUCAAGUAACACAAAUCAGAGAAACUUUGAAUAACAGCAUUGACACAUUUAUUCAAAAUGGAAGUGGUUGGGUCUUCAACAAAUUUGGAAGGAUGCAAGUGAAAAUGUUUGAUUAUAGACCAAUGGCUGGUGGUGGUGGUAUCUCAGCGGGGUUUUUUAAAGCACCUGAGUGGAUUGCUGCUAAAAAAGCAAUUGUUAACGUGCAAAACACAGAUGAAAAGUGCUUCCUGUGGUCAAUCCUAGCAGCUCUACAUCCAACAGAAAAGGAUGCUGCGAGAGUAACGAAAUAUAAACCAUACCAGCACGAGUUGGACACGAGCUGCCUAAAAUUCCCUGUAAACCCCGGGAAUGAAACGAUGCUGGCAAAGUUUGAAACGAGCAACAACAUAUCCAUAAACAUAUAUGGGUUGUAUGACGAUGAUAGUGAGGGUGAUUAUGAGAAUGACGAUGAUGAUGAUGAUGAUGAUGGCGACGAUGGUAACAGUAAGAAGAGUAAAAAGUAUAAGAAAUCACUCAUCAUACCAUUUAGAAUUACAAAAGAGAAGAAAGCCAAACACGUGAGCCUGCUAUUACUAGAGAACGAGAACGGGGAUGUCCACUACACAUGGAUUAAAAACAUGAGCAGAUUACUUUAUGGACAGAAUGGGCACAAACAUCAUAGCAAGCGAUUCUAUUGUGACAUUUGUUUGAACACUUUCAAAUACGAAACAACGUUGAAGAAACAUGCCGAUUUUUGCACACCAAAUGGGUAUAUUCAAGCCGUAAAAUACCCAGAGGACAAUGAACUAAAAUUCCAAAACUUUAAGAACAAGAUGAUUUUACCAUUCAUCAUUUAUGCGGAUUUCGAAUGCAUAUUGAAAGACAUCUCAAAUGGUUCAGCAAUAUACCAAGAGCACGUGCCAAUAAGUUAUGCAUUCUAUAUUGAAUCGAUAGACACUAAAUGGUCCCACACUGUAGAGAUGUACACAGGUGAAGAUUGUAUACAGCAAUUCCUUUCAAAAAUGGAUUACUUCAACUGGAAAAUAAGGGAAAUAUUCAAGAAAACAGUACCAAUGGCAGAGCUAACCGAUGAACAGUUAAAGAGCUACAAUGAAGCAACCAAUUGUUACUGUUGCAUCACAUCCUUUAACAUGAAUGAUGCAAAUUUGUGCAAGGUAAAGGAUCACUGCCACAUCACAGGACAGUAUAGAGGUGCCGCAUGUAGUCACUGCAAUCUAAACAACUUAAACAUAAUCGCCAAAACCCACACGAUUCCAAUAGUUUUCCACAACCUCAAAGGUUAUGACAUGCAUCACAUUCUACAGAAUCUGGAUAAUCGAUUCACUCGAGUAAUUGCAACAAGCACAGAAAAGAUCAUCUCUGCAAAAAUUGAAGGGCUCAAAUACAUCGAUUCACUUAGCUUUCUUAGCUCUAGCUUAGCAACGCUAGCAGGAAACCUUCCAAAGGAUGAAUUUAAAUCUGUGAGGGAAUAUCUGCAACAAAGAUUGAGCAAUUCUCAACAACCUCAAAGUGACAUAGAAAUUCAGCAUGUGGAGGAGGCGUUUGACCUGAUAACUAGAAAGGGUGUGUAUCCAUAUGACUGGAUGAAUGAUGCAUCAAAACUACAAAACACUUCAUUACCGCCCAAAGACUGUUUCUAUAGUAAACUGAACGAUACCAACAUCACUGAUGACGAAUAUGAACAUGCGAAGCGAGUAUGGGAAUUCUUCAACUGUCAAACAUUUAAGGACUAUCAUGAAUUGUACUUGGCAACAGAUGUCCUACUACUCACAGACGUUUUCCAAUCAUUUAGACGGCAAAGCCUCGAAUCCUACUCUCUGGAUCCAGCAUGCUACAUAUCACUUCCAGGAUUAGCAUGGGACGCAAUGCUCCUCAAAACAGGUGUCUCGCUUCAACUAUUAUCAAAGGAGAAGAGCGACAUCUAUCUCAUGGUUGAGCAAGGAAUAAGAGGCGGAAUAUCAGUGGCAAUCAAACGACAUGCAAAGGCGGAUAAAAACAACACACUUAUGUAUCUCGAUGCUAAUAACCUGUAUGGAUGGGCAAUGUCACAACCACUACCAUAUGGAGGAUUCAAAAUGCUUGACGAUGUACGAAAUGUGAACAUUACUGAAAUAUUGUCAAAGCCCAAUCAAGACAUUGGAUACAUAUUCAAAGUUGACUUGGAGUAUCCAACACACCUGCAUGAUGCCCAUUCAGAUCUACCUCUAGCACCUGAGAGAUUGAAAGUCAAGGAGGAAAUGCUGUCAGAAUUCCAAGUCCAAAUGCAUCAGAAAUUGUUCAACUAUGAGAAAUACAAAACAACUCCAAAGCUCAUACCCAACCUGUAUGACAAGAAGGAGUACAUCAUUCACGGUGAUGCAUUGAGACAGUGCUUGAAUCUCGGAUUGGUCGUAACAAAGGUGCAUAACAUUGUGGAGUUCAAACAAAGCACCUGGUUGAAAGAUUACAUUGAUUUCAACACGCAGAAAAGAGCAAACGCCAAGAAUGAUUUUGAGAAAGACUUCUUCAAGCUAAUGAAUAAUGCAGUGUUUGGGAAGACAAUGGAAAAUGUAAGAAACCACAGCACAUAUGAAAUAUGCACUGGUAAAGAACAAUUAAUAAGAUGGGUGCGAAACCCCAUUUUCUAUGGGGUUGUUGAAAUCAACGAAAACACGCUUAUUGUGAUGAAAAAGAAGAAAACCGUCACACUACGCAAACCCAUUUACGUUGGUUUUAGCAUACUGGACAUUAGCAAGAUCUUGAUGUAUGAUUUCCAUUACAAUUUUGCAAAACCCAACCUCCCAAAUGUGCAAUUAUGCUACAUGGACACUGACAGCUUCAUUUACCACAUUCCAAUGCCUCAAGAUGCUGUAAAUAAAAUAUUGAAAGAGCAUGCAAAUAAGUUUGAUUUCACCAAUUUUCAUUAA